UACUGCUUCCCUCCCGACCUCUUAGUUUCCCGGCGUGCUUCGGACCCGCCAAAUGGGAGGGGGAGACGCAAGAUGGCGGCAGCCGUGAACUCCGGCUCCAGCCUCCCGCUGUUCGACUGCCCGACUUGGGCAGGUAAACCGCCACCCGGCUUACAUCUGGAUGUAGUAAAAGGAGACAAGCUAAUUGAGAAGCUGAUUAUUGAUGAGAAGAAGUAUUACUUAUUUGGGAGGAACCCUGAUCUGUGUGACUUUACCAUCGACCACCAGUCUUGCUCUCGGGUCCACGCAGCACUAGUGUACCACAAGCACCUGAAGAGAGUUUUCUUGAUAGACCUCAACAGCACACAUGGCACUUUCUUGGGUCACAUUCGGCUGGAACCUCACAAGCCUCAACAGAUUCCCAUCGAUUCUACGGUCUCAUUUGGCGCAUCCACGAGGGCAUACACUCUUCGAGAGAAGCCUCAGACAUUGCCAUCAGCUGUGAAAGGAGAUGAGAAGAUGGGCGGAGAGGACGACGAACUUAAGGGCCUGUUGGGACUUCCCGAAGAGGAAACUGAGCUAGAUAACCUGACAGAGUUCAACACUGCCCACAACAAGCGGAUUUCAACCCUCACUAUUGAGGAGGGAAAUCUGGACAUUCAGAGACCAAAGAGGAAGAGGAAGAACUCUAGGGUGACCUUCAGUGAGGAUGAUGAGAUCAUCAACCCAGAGGAUGUGGAUCCGUCUGUUGGGCGAUUCCGGAACAUGGUGCAGACUGCAGUCGUUCCAGUCAAGAAGAAGCGGAUGGAGGGCUCUGGCUCUCUGGGCCUGGAGGAGUCAGGGAGCAGGCGCAUGCAGAACUUUGCCUUCAGCGGAGGACUAUACGGGGGCCUGCCUCCCACACACAGUGAAACAGGCUCCCAGCCGCAUGGCAUUCAUGCGACAGCGCUCAUUGGUGGCUUGCCCAUGCCAUACCCGAACCUCGCCCCUGAUGUGGACUUGACUCCUGUUGUGCCAUCAGCGGUGACCAUAAACCCCACACCAAACCCGGCAGUCUAUAACCCUGAAGCUGUAAAUGAACCUAAGAAGAAGAAAUACGCGAAGGAGGCUUGGCCGGGCAAGAAGCCCACACCUUCCUUACUGAUUUGAUAUUUUGGUUAUGGA